UAUAAAUUGGCCUCGCUUUGGACAGAAACACAUGUUCACUGGUUGUGUCCUUAGCGGUGCUGAAGUUUGGUGGAACAAAUCAGUAAUGUAGGCAAUUUAAAUUGUGAUACAGUUUAAAUUGUCUACAUUUAUGAAUUAGAUACAAACUGUUCCCGAAUUCGGAAACCGUUAAUGAAAACCAGACUCAUCGGCGCCAUGAAGACAUAUUUUAUUCUCUUUUUUAUUCAUGGAGCGUUAUCAGUGAAACAUUCCCUGCGCUACUUCUACACAACCUCCUCAGAAAUCCCAGCCUUCCCUGAGUUUGUGGACACGGGGAUGGUGAAUGAUCAGGUCAUUAGCCGCUAUGACAGUAUCACGAAGAGGAAUGUCCCCAAGCAGAGCUGGAUGGAGACGUUUUUUGACCAGCAGUAUUGGGAUAGCACCACAGAGAACCUGAGAGGUGCAGAGAGCGUUUUCAAAACCAACAUUCAGAUAGCACAGAAGCGUUUCAAUCAAACAGGAGGCAUGCACAUUAGCCAGGACAUAUAUGGCUGUACAUGGGAUGAUGAGACAGGAUUCACAGAAGGGUUUCACCACAUUGGAUAUGAUGGACAAGACCUCCUGGCAUUUGACGUGAAGACAGCGACAUGGAUUGCCUCAGUCCCGCAGGCUCUCCACUCCAAAAUGAAGUGGGAAAUGGACCUGUCUAGCAUUGAGAGCAAGAAAAGCUACCUCACCCAGGAUUGCAUUGAGUGGCUGAAGAAGUACCUGGACUAUGGGAAGACUACUCUGCAGAGGACAGUCCCUCCCUCAGUGUCUCUGCUCCAGAAGACCCCCUCCUCUCCAGUGACCUGCCACGCUACAGGUUUCUACCCCAGUGGAGUCAUGGUGUCCUGGCAGAAAGAUGGGCAAGAACAGCAUGAAGAUGUGGAGAAUGGAGAGACUCUCCCGAACGAUGAUGGAACCUUCCAGAAAAGCGCCCACCUCACAGUGACGCCUGAGGAGUGGAAGAACAACAAGUAUCAGUGUGUGGUUCAGGUCACUGGUAUUAAGGAGGUCUUCAUCAAGGUUCUGACUGAGUUUGAGAUCCAGACCAACUGGGGUGACCCAGCCCCCAACAUUAUCCUCAUCAUUGGAGGGGUGGUAGCUCUCCUCCUGGUCGUUGUUGUUGUUGUUGUUGGGGUUGUCAUUUGGAAGAAGAAGAGCAAGAAAGGCUUUGUUCCAGCCAGCUCUUCCGACACUGACUGGGACAAAUCUGGGCAAGGUUUCCUGUAUACUUGAGAAACCUCUGCACUUCUGUUACAUCAGAGAGCUGAAGAGGACCGCAAACAGAAAUAACAAACGGAAACUUCCCAAGACUGUAACACACAUCAGUCUCACACACACUGAACACAGAAUCCAUAUAUAAAACAUCUGUAGUCAGAAAUAGUCUUUGGUAAUUUCCUUAAGUUUUACUUUCAUUUAAUUGAUGGUUUGGCUUUUGAAAAGUUGUGCUGUAAUUUUGUGGAAUUAUGGAAUGUAAUAUUACAACUGUGUCAGAUGUAUAUUAGAACCAAUGGAACACUCGGCCGUACAGGUGUUCCAUUUGUACAUAUUUCACUUGAAGUGGUGGUAUUUUUCUUUCUUUUUGGGCGAGUAGGUUCUGUAGAAUAAGUUGGUAUUGGAUCAAGUUUAAACAACUUUUUUUGCAAGUGUUUGUGCUUUGUACAUUAUGGAUGCUCUACACAAAGCAAUGAUCUACCAAAUCUUAUGCAAGUCACAUAUUCUACAAGUGGAGGAGAGAUUGACUUCAUCACAGCUUUUUAUUUAUGAGAGACUAAUAGAUCCUAUUCAAUUUCUAAUCCCAUUUGAAAAUGGCUUAAUAUGUUUUGCAUAUCCAAUCAUCAGAUGAAAUCAGCUGUCUUUUCAAUAGAAAAUAUCAUGUUUUUCAUCCUGAGUUGGAAUGCCACAGAAUUUUCUGAUUGUUUUGCAAAAUGCAGAGAAACAAAGUGUCAAGAUGGAUUCUAUAACCUGAGACUAUCUGAUAAACAGGCUAUGGCCUCUGCUUUGUCCUUCUUGCUUCCAGGGGUAUGUGCCAAAUGCCUGUUUUCUGUUGACAAUAGCAAAGUCUAUGACGGGGUCAGAUAUUUAUUUUACCACCCAUUGUUUAUGUUAGGAUUGUGAGUAGGGUAAUCUGAUCCAAGAUUUGUGAUGAGGCAACUUUCUUUUUUUUAUAUAUAUAUUUUUUUUGCAUUUUCCCCACUAAUGGUUAAGGGUAGGGGAAGCUGAUCCUAGAUCUGUACCUAGGGGAAACUUUACCACGGAGCGACAAAGACACCCAAAAGUCAUGACUCAUCAUGUGAUUCCUCUCAAUCAGUGGUGAGAAGAGUUAAUCUACCUAUAGAUGACACUGUGAUAUUGUUCAUCCUUCACUGUAGGCCUUUUGGACUGAUGGUUUGUCACUUUUGUGAUUCUUAUCAGGGUUUGAUUUGGUUAUUGAUUUGGUUUUCCCGUCAAAAGUACCGGAACACACUGGGAGUGGGCAAGAAUUCAGGAACACAUUUUCAUUGGGGAGAGAAAAUGAGUGUCCAAAGAUGACUUGGUUGGACUUGUAGGCUUGUUACUGUAGUUAUGGUCAAAGAGUUGUCAGCUAGUAUCCACUGGCUCUGUUCUAGUUCUUUCAGUAGGCCUACGUCCCACUCGGCAGUAUGGAUAUGAAAAAACAUCCAUAUGUCGGCCAUCUUAUGAUUGAGGAUAGAUAGACAGAAGAUGGCUGUAUACUGAGGCUCUUACAUGAAAGGGUGUGGUAUUUACCUCAACACUGUUUGACACCACCUUCCUCUCUGUGUGCGUGUGCGCUGCUCAUGUUUGUCUCUGUGUGUGUGUGCACAGUACUUUGAUUGCAUUUCUAUGCUGUAUUAUUUUAUUGCUGUGUUUUUCAAUGUGAUGAUAUAAAACAAUUUAAUAUCACAUGGAGCUAGAUCCAACAUGAUGCACCUCCUUCAAUGGGUCACAUCCAAUACGCCAAAUAAAGCUCUGACCUUAACCUGAGAUACAUGUAGCUCUGUUAUGCCAUUCUCAUAUUGAUGCAUUGUUCCACCUCUUUCACAUCAAAGUGAUCCUCCUCCCAUGUUAUUGAUUUGAGUCAAGGCCAUUGUCAGAACUAAACUUACAGCAUCAAGUUGUUGCAGGACCUUCCUGUAUUUAGGCCUGCCACAAUACACUUGCAGGUUAUCUAAACUGUCUUGUCUUAAUUGAGAAAUACAGUACAUUAUUGUCAAUCGUCACAAUGACACUGAUACUCUAUGUGUUUUUCCCCCUUUAUUCCAAUUCAUCUGAUAUAUACAAAAUAAUGACCUUUCAACACAAUGUAGUGAAUUUCAGUGAUGGGGAAACUGCAACUACAUGAACCUGACAAAGAUCAAGCUGGCUUCUCAUUCACAAGUCUGGUUAUAAUACAGGGUCUUUCUAUAGGGUGUAAGGACCUCUCAGUGAGGUGAUGGCCUCUUACUGUAUGUUUCUGUUUUAAGACCAUGUGUCUAUCAUAGACUUGGUAUAAUUACAUUAUGAAUGUUACAGACCAUUUUCUUCUGUUUCAGAUUAAAUACAGUUUUCAAUUA